UUUGUUUACUCUAAACCCUAUAGAUUCGUUUUCCUUUUCUUCUACGUUUAUGAAAAUUCGUUUGCUUUCUUUCCAAAAUUCAUUGACGCAUAAUGUUCUCAGAUUCGCACAUGCUUGAUCUCUCAUUUUACAGAUCGUUUAAAUCUUGAUCUCGUGAUUUUUGUCUCUGUUUUUAGUCGGUGACCCAUGAGUUCAUGAGAGAACGAAAUUGUUUGAUUUUGUCUUUUAAUGAGUUCAUGUUUUAUCAGAAUCUGUGUGGUGGGAAUUUGGUGGAGUGCUUAAAAAUAAAUUGAAUUAAUUAGUUGCUUAAUUUUGCUUGUGUUAAAAAAAAUUAAGAGUAAUGGCUGCUUUAAUCUGCUUCUGGUUAAAAAAUUUGGAGUGAUGGCUACUUAAUUUGCUUAUGGUUAAUAAAAUUUGGUGUAAUGGCUGCUUUCAUCUGCUUAGAUAUGUAUAUUUUAUACACUUUUUAGUGGUUUCUUGUGUUUGGAUUUGGUGAAAAAUCUUUCCUGCUCAGUUACAACCUGAAGCAUGAUCUUAUUGCUUUCAGACAUCAUUUUGUUCACUUUCUUUUGUUUUGAUCGAUCUCAGCAUGUUUUUGACUCUUCUGACAUCUGAAAGGUUGAGUGGGAUCUAUGAUCUAAUUGUUUAUAAAUGAUACAUUCUUUUCACAUUCAUACUACUAUAAGCCUUUUUUAUAACUAGAUCACAGAAUCCAGAUUUAGCUUGCUUCAUCACCAUUAGUUUAUGUAUAGUCCCUUUUACAUGAGCUCGUUGAAAGAAUGCAAAAUAGACCAUCUCUCUCUUGUCCUUUGUCUUUCAGAUCGUUUCUCUUUCAACGUGAUAUUAGAGUACAAUACUAGAUACCGUGAGGUCCUUUGUAUUAUUGGACCUUGAGUUGUCUUGUCUAAGUGGGAUAACCUUUCUAGUGAACAUUUUCUUGGUCAGUUCAUCUAGUGAACUUUUUUUGGUCUCGUGAAGAAAUAGAAGUUUUCUUUUUCGGGCUUGAUGGGUAAAGAGAAUCAGUUGGAGACAACAAAUUGUGGAGUCAAUGAUCACGAUUGUCCACCCGUCAAGAACGAGGAACUAGCAGCUGAGGCGCGUUAUAGUACAGACAGUGACUCGGGUUUGCCAACCUGUCGUGUAUGCCAUUCUGCAGAAUCCGACAGACGAGGAGAUACCGCCUUGGGGUUUUUGGGGAUUACCCCUCCGGUUCCAGAAGCUCGUAAAAGCAAUGUAGAUGGAACCGCUGAUGAUGUCAGCAAAGCUACAGAGUCUGAGCUGAAGAAUUCUGUUGUCAAAAGCAAUGGAAGGGAAUCUGGCUUCAUCGAAUUAACAAGUCCUGAUGCGGAAGUUUUCAUUUGCACAAAUGAUAUAGAAAUGGGAAUCCAGCAGCAUCAGGAUGCAUUGCUUGAGCUUGGAUGUUCUUGCAAAAACGAGCUUGCUUUGGUACACUACGCUUGCGCGCUCAAGUGGUUUCUCAACCAUGGAUCCACCGUGUGUGAAAUCUGUGGACAUCCUGCAGAAAAUAUAAAGACUGCUGAUUUCAACAAAGUGGUCAUUGCCUUGAGAGAUUACACAGCAAUAAGAGAAAGAACUGCUGAUGGAGGAGAUCAAAUCCCUGUAUUACCGGUGAAUACAGAUUCAACCAUUGAUUCAGAUGAAGUUGCUGUCAUUCGAAGGCAACGACUUAGUGAGAUAACGUCAUGGUUUGGUCCCCAUUCCCUGAACAACAACAACAACAACAAUAGUUCUGUUGCGGCUAUCCCUGACCAACCUUUAGGUGUUGUGAACUUCGACAUCUUACCUAUGGAAAACCGUGCAACUAAAUGGGCUGUGGAAGGUACUGGGAUUCUACUUGCUACAGGUUUACUCACUGUUACUUUGGUCUGGCUCAUUGCCCCUCGUGUUGGAAAGAAAACUGCUAGGAGCGGACUUCACAUACUUCUUGGUGGUCUCUGUGCUUUAACAAUAGUCAUCUUCUUCAGAUUUGUUGUGCUCACUAGAAUCAGGUAUGGUCCUGCACGCUACUGGGCAAUCUUAUUCAUCUUCUGGUUUCUUGUGUUUGGUAUUUGGGCUUCUCGUUCUAAUGCUUCUCACAAUAGCCCUUGA